AGAACUAACCUCGCACUUCGGUUCAGCUCAACGCGUCGACGGCAGCUCCGGCCCUGGCCGUCACUGGCUCGGGGGAAACGGAGAGCAAAUCAUGAGUUCGGGCGAUGAGGGGGCAACACAACCUGCACUAGGUGCUUAUGACGACCCCGACCAUGAAGACUGUAAGUACAGCAUUAAAGCGCCAGGCACUUCGGCCAAUGGCCGUUCGAAGCCGGGCAACAAGGCUUCAUCAGACUCUGCAGGUGCCAAUCUCAGCACUUCAGCGCAGCCUUCAUCGACCGGUGCAGUUCCCAGGGCCGGCACUUCUGCCCAGCGUUCAUCGACCGGUGCACUUCCGAAGGCCGGCACUUCUGCCCAGCGUUCAUCGGCCGUUGUAAUUUCCAGGGCUGCUUCUAGAGAGACACUCCCCCCGGCCACCAACUCACCCUCGCUGAUCCCUGCGCUGUUGUAUACACAUACAAAGUGCGAGCGCUGUGGCUUCUGUAUCCAACUGGCGGAAGUAACCGCUUCGCACGGGUGCCCGCCGAGGUCGGCGCUGUCGGCGCUGCGGAUGGCGGCGCUGGCGGGCGACGCGGAGGUGGUGGGCGAGCUGCUGGCGGCGGGCGCCGACCCCAACGAGCGCUGCUGCCACAAGCGCUCCGUGCUGCACUGCGCGGCCGCCGCGGGCUUCGGCGACGUGGUGGGCGUGCUGCUGGCCGCCGGCGCCGACCCCAGCCUGCCCGACGAGCGCGGGCGCACGCCGCUGCACAGCGCCUCCGUCGCCGGUCACGUGGCCGUCGCGGAGCAGCUGGUCGCGGCCGGCGCCGUCGUCGACGCCUGGCCCUCGCGCAUGCUGUCCCGGGAGGCGGAGGGCUCUGGCCGGCCGACGCCGUCGCCGUCGCCGCCGCCCGCGGCCAGCGCGCGGGACGAGCAGCUGGCGGCCGCCCUGGUGGUGGCCAGCCUGCACGAGCCCGAGAUGGGCGCCGACAUGAGCGUCUCCGCCAAGGUGCUCGCCAGGAAGUGGUGGGCGCGCACUUUCAAUGCGCGCAGGAUGCAGCACUGGCUCAGGAAGAGGAAAAACAUCCUCCUUUGAGCGGGAUGUGUGUGCACUGCUGACGAUUCCCAGGAGAUGAGGUCCAUGCAUCGCUCCUGAAUUCUGACUAAGCGUGUAUUACAUACAUUAGGUACACGUGUUUGCAUACCUCUUAAAUUACUGACAACAUGAAAUAAAUGUUCUUAAUGUCGUUUCAGUCACGAUAUUUAGUGCGAAUAGAACACGAUUCAAUUUGAAAUCUUAAAAUAUGUAUUUUACUACUCAAAUGAAGUUGACGUAUAUUUUAGAAUAAACGUUUUUAAUGCUCUUGACUACGGACAAUUUAGCAUCUUGUUUUUGAGAAAUGUAAGAUUAAUGUCCUAAUUAAUGUCCAUAUUUUAUAAUUACGUGCCAUUGUGAUAAUGCUCUAGUCAUUAAACUUUCACGUCAUAAAAUGUGAAAUUAUAUUGACAAGAUUAUAAUAAAUUGUUUUGUAUCAGUUGUA